AUUUACAACAGGUACUUCUAGUUAAGCCAAGUUCAGUCACUGUUGCUGAUGUGGAUGAAAAUGUUAUAGGCAGUAACAGUGGAGAACAUCAGUAGAGACUGCUGUAAUCUCAAAGAGGCCUCCACAUUCUGGAUCUUGAGCAGUUUCCAUUUCAGACCGGAUCAGUCUUCAAAGUAAAGGCGAUGGCAUUUUAUCCCCUGCAAAUUGCUGGACUGGUUCUUGGGUUCCUCGGCAUGGUCGGGACUCUCACCACCACCCUUCUGCCUCAGUGGAGAGUAUCAGCUUUUAUUGGCAGCAACAUUAUUGUCUUCGAAAAGCUCUGGGAAGGGCUCUGGAUGAACUGUGUCCAACAAGCCAAGGUCAGGUUGCAGUGCAAGUUCUACAGUUCUUUACUGGCUCUCCCACCUGCCCUCGAAGCAGCCCGGGCCUUCAUGUGUGUGGCUGUCGCUCUCUCCUUAAUUGCUUUGCUUAUUGGCAUCUGUGGCAUGAAGCAAAUCCAGUGCAUGGGCUCUAAUCAGAGGGCCAAAGCAUACCUUCUGGGAACUUCUGGAGUCCUCUUCAUCCUGACAGGCAUCUUCGUUCUGAUUCCAGUGUGCUGGACAGCCAAUAUCAUCAUCAGGAAUUUCUACAGCCCUGUCGUCCCCAUAGGUCAGAAACGAGAGCUGGGAGCAGCACUUUUCCUUGGUUGGGCAAGCACCGCUGUCCUCUUUAUUGCAGGAGGUCUGCUCUGUGCGUUCUGCUGUUGCAACAGAAAGAAGGAAAGGCAGAGAUAUCCGGCCCAUGGACAUUUUUUGCCACACACAGAUAAGCGAAGGAACAUGACACUGCUUAGUAGGACCUCCACCAGUUAUGUCUAAUACUUGCUUUUGGCUCAAACUAUGGAUUAUGAUCGAUGUGUUUUAUAGUCCUAACAGCAACUGUAAGUACAUCAGGCAGGAGAACUUGUUUUAUAACUGCAUUUAAAUUGAGAUGAAAAGUAUAAAGGGCAUAUAGAUUGUAGUUUGACGCCUGUGGUAGGAAUAGAAAUGACUUAAUUUGGACAUUCUGAUCUCAUGUCUAUUAAAUGCAUUUACUAUAUUAUUGGACUCAAAUAAUCCCCAUUCCAACUUGUGUAGUCUAAAAUCAAGUAUACCCACAAUCCUUGGUAUAAUGAUAAACUACCCUUUUUGACAAUCAUAUACUAUCUGCUAAGAAAUCCAAAUUAUAUUGCAAUUGAUAAUCCAUGGCAAUAAAAUAUAUUCUAAAAUGUAACCUAAAUUAUUUCCCCCAAAUUAUUUAUUAUACUAACAUAGUAACAACUAAAGUGAUGAUUUUUUUCUUUAAAAAAAAAAAAACCCGAAAAAUAACAGACAUCAAAUAAGGAUUUUUAAUUGAGUUUAUCAAAUGUGGAAAUGACGAUCCAAUGAAAAGAUAUGUUAUUCCUUUAAGAAACUUAAAUGUAUUAGAAAUUAAACAAUUAGGGAAAAGGGAGCUCUGAUUUCUCUUAGGGUGUUUAAGAAGAUGGAUUUUAAAGCUCUUAAUUUAUACAGUUAAAUUUGCUUAGAAUAAUAUACUCAAAGGAAAAUAGUAUAUAAGUGAAAAGUAAUAUGCUUUCACAACCCAUGAUUUGCAUUUAACAGCAAACAGAAGUAUCUAUCUUGAUAAGCCACAUCAAUAGAACUCACUUCUCAUACAAGAGGAAAUAUGGUCCCAAUUAGGGAAUUGAGGUUUGGGUGUUGAAGGGAAUGGUUUCUGUUCCUUGUUUUAUUCUUUAGUCAUUGUACAGGUCUACACAUGCAAAGUAAAAUGAAGAAUCAAGGUAAUGAUUCAGGCAAUUAGUCAGGCUAAAAUAAGUACCUCUUAUUUUACUCUCAAAUAAAUAGGUAUGGCUAUGGCAUUUUUUUUGGUUUGAAUUAUAUCCAUUAUUUUCUC